AUGGCGGACGCUCUUGCAUCACAAUUGAACAACACAAGCUUAGGGGAACCAAACUCGGAUGGGAAAUGGAGAGAUCAGCUAAAGCCCCCUGUGAAAGAUGGAAGGCCGCAGACAGAGGAUGUUACCGCAACCAAAGGCCUCGAGUUUGAGGAUUUCUAUAUUAAGCGCGAACUUAUGAUGGGUAUUUUUGAGGCUGGAUUCGAGAAACCUUCUCCAAUUCAGGAGGAAACAAUUCCUGUCGCCCUCACUGGUCGAGAUAUUCUGGCGCGAGCGAAGAAUGGCACAGGGAAAACAGCAGCUUUUGUCAUCCCUACUCUGGAACGCAUAAAUCCCAAAAGCACAAAAACGCAGGCCCUCAUCCUUGUCCCAACAAGAGAGCUUGCGCUUCAAACAUCCCACGUUUGCAAAACAUUAGGAAAACACCUUGGAAUCAACGUCAUGGUAACCACAGGAGGAACCGGAUUGAUGGAUGACAUCAUCAGAUUGAAUGAGGCUGUUCAUAUUCUUGUCGGAACUCCAGGAAGAGUAUUGGACCUAGCUAGCAAAGGCGUUGCUGAUUUGUCCGAAUGUCCCACCUUUGUCAUGGAUGAAGCAGACAAGUUGCUGUCACCUGAAUUCACACCUGUCAUUGAGCAGCUCCUUUCAUUUCAUCCCAAGGACCGUCAGGUCAUGCUCUUCAGCGCAACAUUUCCUUUAAUUGUGAAAUCAUUCAAGGACAAACACAUGCGCAAUCCCUAUGAAAUCAAUCUUAUGGAUGAACUCACUCUCCGGGGAAUCACUCAAUAUUAUGCCUUUGUGGAAGAAAAACAAAAGGUCCAUUGUUUAAACACUCUUUUCUCCAAGUUACAGAUAAACCAGUCGAUUAUCUUCUGUAACUCUACAAACCGUGUUGAGCUUCUUGCAAAAAAGAUCACAGAAUUGGGCUAUUCUUGCUUCUACUCACAUGCCAGAAUGCUCCAACAACAUCGCAACCGAGUUUUCCACGACUUUCGAAACGGUGUCUGCCGUAAUCUUGUCUGCUCUGAUUUGCUGACUCGUGGUAUUGAUAUACAAGCUGUCAACGUUGUCAUAAACUUUGACUUCCCCAAGAAUGCUGAAACCUAUCUACACCGAAUUGGUCGAUCUGGUCGUUUCGGGCAUUUGGGUCUUGCAAUAAAUCUGAUCAAUUGGGAUGACCGUUUUAAUUUGUAUAAAAUUGAGCAGGAACUGGGAACAGAAAUACAACCUAUCCCCCAGAAUAUCGACAAGAAGCUUUACGUAUACGAUUCACCAGACACCAUUCCGCGCCCAAUCGCCAACGUUUCUCAGACACAGCUAGCUCCAACCACGGCCCAGAAUCAGAGCUCAGGGGAUCGUCGCCACAACCAUCACUCAAACGGAGGCCAUUUCCAAUUUAGCCGAGGCCGGGGCUCAUACCGUGGUGGUCGGGGACAGGGUCAACGCCGCAACAUGCAGAAUGAGGCAAAUAAGCUUAACUCUCCCCAGAACUAG